AGAAGCUCUGACCUGGCAGCCUACCAAGGAAGAUGCAGCUGCUGUUCCUCCUGCUGGCCCUUCUCCUUCCCCCUGGGGCCAAGACAGGAUCUUUCUGAACCCCAGGUCCAACCUCACUCAAAGACCCGCAAAUCUGAUGCUGGAGACAAUCGGUGGGAAUGGAGAGGCAGUAGUUAUUCUCUAGAAGGCUCAGAAGGCCUUACUCUUGGCAUUUGGAAAUUGGGCUCUUCAAAAAGGCAUCCGGAAGAAGGGUGGAAGCUGGGAGUGAGAAAUAAUUAAUUCCCCAGGAAAUGAUACUUUGGAGAAAGGGACUGGAUUCAGUAAUCAAGGUAAGAUCCACUAACUCUUAACUCAGUGCCUUAAAAUCUACCCUCAAUCCCCACCGCCUUCUCCAAGCUUUGUAAUGCAGGGCUGUCCAGGAAAGAAUUUAGGACCCAGAUGACCCUGAGUUGGUGGCAUCCUGGUCCCCUUAACAUUCAUUUUUGCCUUGGCACAGUCUCAAGUCUUCUCUGGUAAUUUUCCAGUAACAGAUGAGUUCAGUGCCUUUGAAAAGCCCCAUCUUCCCUGCUGCUCAGAGUCUCACAAGCAUGGCCCCAAACAACCCUCAUCCGGAGGAAGUUAGGGUCCAUUCCUUCAUUCAGUGUCACGGGACACUAUUUGUCAGACCCCAGCAGAUAAAGAUCAACUAUAAGUCAGCAUCUUGAGCUCAAGUUCCAAGUAUUACAAACCAGUUGCAGCUUAACAGGGGCUGGGAAACAAGAGGGGAAAGAGGUCUCAGGAAACCUCAGGGAGAAGAUUUUCCAUGAUCUACUGGGACCUUACUGCCUGUUCCAAAUACAAAUCCUAUCCUUCAACAUAUAUGUCUGAAGCAGGAAUUAAGGAACAAAGACUGCUCUUCUCUUUACCAUAGAGAGAAUCUGAGUCUCAUGGGUCACUUUGCAAGCCAGGAAUGCUACCCAAAGAACACAGGGGACCCCCUUCAUGGUUGCUCCCUGCUACUACCGACAACACUACCUGCCACCCGACUCCAACACCUUCCAUCCCUACUCUAGUUUAUCCCACCUCCCAUCAUCAGUCUUUCUGAAACCAUAAGGCAAAUGUCCACCCUGGACUCAAUGAGCACAGCAGGUAGGGAAGAAUUUUUCUUUCAGGGAAAAUCAUCGGGGGCCAUGAGGCCAAGCGGCAUUCUCAUCCCUACAUGGCGUUUCUUCGGAUCAAGACACCAGGGAAAAGUUGUGGGGGGUUCCUGGUGCGUGAAGACUUUGUGAUGACAGCAGCUCACUGCUGGGGGAGCAAAAUAAAUGUCAUCCUGGGGGCCCACAACGUGAAGAAGAAGGAAAAGACCCAGCAGAACAUCCCUGUAAGAAAAGCCAUCCGCCACCCAGCCUAUGAUAGUAGCACUUUGGCCAACGACAUCAUGUUACUGCAGCUGACGAGAAAAGCCAACCUGUCUGCAGUGGUGCGCAUCCUCAGUCUACCCACGAGGAGCGGGCAGGUGAAGCCAGGGAUGGUGUGCAAUGUGGCCGGCUGGGGACGCAUCCAAGUGAACGAGCGCACAAACAUUCUACAUGAGGUAGACCUCAAAAUCCAAAAGGAUAAGUCAUGCAUCUCUCGCUACAAAGGCUAUUACAACAGCGCCAUCCAGCUAUGUGUGGGGGACCCAAAUAAGAACAAGACUUCUUUUAAGGGGGAUUCCGGGGGCCCCCUCGUGUGUAACAAGGUGGCCCAGGGCAUCGUCUCCUUUGGAAAUAAGAAUGGGAAACCUCCUCGUGUCUACACCAAGAUCUCGAGCUACCUGUCCUGGAUAAAAAAAACAAUGAGACGCUUAAAACUACAGACACCAGACUAAGGUGACUCCAGUUUUGAUCUGUCCAUCUUCUCUGGGGCAGAGGCCAGACUGCAUUAGGCCAGGGAUGGGGGUACAUGGGGAAGGGAUACCGAGGCCUCAAUAAACUUCCAUCUCUAGA